GUUGAAAUGACACUGGUGGUAGUAGGCUCGUUUUAAAGAGUUGGAAGGAAAAUUGUAGAAGCAGGCGCAAAAGAAGCAAACUGCACGAUUUCAUUGAUUUGAAGACGGUGGUGUUAUUAGAGGCUACUACCACCACAAGCGUGUUGUAACGAGGAAAAAGCACUACCACCGUUGUGAAAGCGUUUGCAAUAGUGAUUUCCUUUUGACGGAGUUUUAGUUUAGUUUGCGAUCAGCUUCGUUGUUAUUCGUUCGGUACUUUGCGUUUGUUUGUCGACGGGUGUGUUCGGGAAGGCAGAAUAAACUCACACAAUAGGUACAUAAAUGUAAACUGAAUAAUAUCUGGAGACCGGAGAAAUACUUGGAUUUUUAAACAAAAUGAAACCGGAUAGACGAAUUUAAACCAAACGGUGCUCGAAAUUUACGAAUCUGCAAUCAAAGUUAUAUACCAUGUCGCGCGAUAUGUACGGACCCGGUUCGUCUUUAGGUAGUGGUAUGGGUACCAGAUCACCCAGAAGUAAUAUGAGGAUCGGAGAAUUGCCCACAGUUGAUAGAUCGCCAUCGAGAAACUAUCCAGGUUCUGCAGCCAGACAUAGUCCAAAUAGACGUAGAGUACGAGGUACUGGCUCGCCUGAUCAUUACGGGAAUUACUAUGGCCGAGAAGAAGAUUUAGGUAGUCCGAUUUUGAUAGAGGAACGCGGACGUCCCAUGUCCUCCGGAGGCAGUAUGCAUAGAUCCAGAAGUGCAACAAGAGCGAUGCCCGAGAGAGGCGGAUUAACGACUAGAUAUCAAUCGUUAGAUCGCGGUGGAGGUGGCGGUAUCCUUAGCGAUCACGAUAGAGAUUUCAUUUCUAGAGAAAGAUCUUUUGAUCGAAGUGGUCGGGAAAGAGUUGCCGAUAGAAAUCUAUAUUUAGACGACGAAGAUAUAUACGGUGGCAUACAUAGCCGAUCUAUGAGACAAUCUCCGACAUCGCAUUUAUAUUCUGGCGGCGGCCAUCAUCUCAGGGACACAUCUACUGGCGGCGGUUAUUUGGGUGAACUUCAACAUCAAAAUACCGAUUUACAUAAAGAACUGACUAAUUUGAAACGCGAACUAGAACUGACAAAUCAGAAGCUAGGAUCUAGCAUGCACAGUAUAAAAACAUUUUGGAGCCCCGAAUUGAAAAAGGAACGAGCUUUGAGAAAAGAAGAGUCUGCCAAAUAUAGUUUGAUCAACGAUCAGCUCAAAUUAUUACACGCUGAAAACCAAAAACAAGCAAUGAUGGUUCGUCAGCUAGAAGAAGAAUUACGACUGCGUUCCAGAGAGUCUGCAUUGGGUAACCACAAGCAAAUGGAAGCUUUAAUUUCAGAAAACGAACAUUUAACCCGAGAAGUAGCAAUUUUAAGAGAAACUAUUAAGGAACUGGAAUUAAGGAUAGAAACUCAAAAACAAACAUUAUUAGCUCGAGACGAUAGUAUAAAAAAAUUAUUAGAAAUGUUACAAAAUAAAGGAAUUGGUGGUAUUGAUGGAUUUGGAGGUGAACAUAAAAAAAGUGAUAAAUCGUACAUUGAUAAACAAUCCUGGCAAAUGACGGAUUUUGGGAAUAAAUCAUUGGAUCAGGAUUGUUUAAUAGAGCAAUACAAAUUAGCAUUGAACAAUCGUGAUAAUGAAGUAGAACGCACUAAACGCGAAUUGGAAAUUGCGAACGAAAUGUUAAAAACUUUGCAAAAACAAAUUGAAAAGAAUAUGCGGUAUGAAAAUUUGAUAGAUGACUCGGUUUAUUUGAGCGAUUUCGGUAACGUAUCUUUAACUAAAGCCUUAACAGAAGUCUUGGAGGCUAAAGAUAGUCAAAUCGAAAUUUUGGAAAAAAAUCUCGCCGUCUUGGAUUACGAAAUGAAGAAUUUAAAAUUUGGCCAUUAUUCUCUCGUAGACUAUGAUCGUUUUGCAAAAGAUAGGCAACAAUUGGAAGAUUUUCGUUUAGAAGUACAACGAAGAGACCAAGAGAUAGUAGCGAUGAGUGCAAAAAUAAAGACAUUGGAGGAGCAGCAUGCCGACUACCAGAGACACAUAGCUGUGCUAAAAGAAGCUAUUGUAGCAAAAGAAGAACAUUGCAAUCUUUUACAAGCUGACGCAGAAGAACUGAGAGCACGUUUAGAGGAACGAAACAAAGUAAUAGAAAAGAAAACUCAGACCGCUUUACAGGCGAAUCAAGAACGUAAUCGUGUUAGCAGCGAAUUAAACGAAAUCAGAGAUCACAUGGACAUCAAAGACAGGAAAAUAAGCGUACUUCAAAGAAAGAUAGAAAAUCUGGAAGAUUUACUGAAAGAAAAAGAUAACCAAGUGGAGAUGGCUAGAGCUCGUAUGAACGCCAUGCAACAGCAUCGUUGUUCUUCUGAAGGAGCUUUGAACAGUUUAGAAGAAGCGAUCGGCGAUAAAGAAAAACAAAUGAACCAGCUGAGAGAACAACGAGAUCGUGCCGAGCAGGAAAAACAAGAAGAGCGCAGCUUACAUGAACGUGACAUAGCCGAAUACAAGUUGAAAUUACACGCGUUAGAAAGCGAGGUGGAAAAACUCACUACCCGACUAGAUCGUACAAUAAUCGAAAAAGAUCGUUUGGAAUCCAGAUUAGAGAGUUCGCAAUCCGAGUUGGGAAAAUCGAAAGCCGAACUCGAUAAAGCAGCAAGUGAAGUAGGCAGAAGUGGUGCAGACUGGGAACAUGCUAGGCAACGUCUGGCACGUUUAGAAAUGGAAAAUGAACGCCUAAGACAUGAAUUAGAAAGAUCGCAAACCACAUUCGGUCGAAACACAUUGAACACAUCUCAGGAACUAGAACGUCUACAAGAGAAAGCCGAUAAAUCGGCGGCCGAAUUAAGGAAAACAUUAGCUGAAUUACGAGUUACCCAAGCCGACAGUGAUAGAACAAAAACUGAAGCGGCAGCAUUGCAAGAAAAACUUGAAAAAUCUCAAGGUGAAGUUUACAGGCUGAAAGCUCGACUCGAAAAUACCCAAGGUGAAAUGGAGAAUUUAAAAGAAGAAUAUGAAAAAAUGCAGUCCACAGUAAACAGGCUUCAUAUUGACAAAGAUAGAGCCUGCACGGAGUUGGAAAAAACUAAAGAAGAAUUAGAACGAACACAGGCCACUCUGGGUAAAGCUCAAUUACAACAAGAAAAACUCGAGAAUGAUUUAAUGAAAGCUCAAAAUGAAUUGGAUCGAACCCAAGAACUCUUGGAAAAAGCUAACGUCGAAAAUAGAAAGUUGCAAUUAGAGAAGGAAAAGUACAAGUUUGAUUAUGAAGACAUACAAUCUGAGUUAGAUAAAGCUUUGGGUCAAGCUACGAGAGUACAAAAAGAAAAAGACCAUAUCAAACUCGAAGCUGAACGUUAUCAAGAGAAAUAUGAAAAAACUCAGAUACUCGUCGGAAGACUUCAAAAGGAAAGAGAUGAAGCUAAGAGUGAAAUAAAAGAUCUGCACGAUAGAAUAGAAUUACAACAAUCUCAACUCUUAAAGACGCAGAGAGAAAAGGAAAUUUUACAUACGGAAUUAGAAGUGUAUAAAGAACGUAUGGAAAAGUUGCAAUCAUCUGUGCAAAAGAUUCACGUUGAAAGAGACGAUGCCAAAGAAAAAUUAGAUGAGUAUCAAACAUCGCUGAAAAAAGCCAUAGAAGAAAAAGAAAACGCAAAUAAGAAUUUCGAAAGCAUGAUUGAUCGCUAUGAACGGUGUAAAACUGAGUUACAUCGAUUACAAACAAAACAAGAAACUAGUGAAACUGAUAAAAUUCAUCUUGAAAUGGAAUUAAACAAAAGUCAAUUAUUAGUCUCAAAAUGUCGCGAGGAACAGUAUAAAUUAGAAGAAGAGCUGAAAAGUCUACAAGAAGUGUAUGACCGAACAGUACUGCAACUUGGCAGGGUGAAAGAAAAUGAAGAGAAAUAUAAAAAAGAAAUGGAUAAUAUGGCCGAUGACAUGGCAUUAAUCAAAGAACAACAGAAUAACAUGCAAAUGGAAACGAAAUGGUUACAAACAGAACGAGAUAAACUUCAGGAGCAACUAGAUAGAUUACAAUUUGAACUGCACAGAUCUAGUAUGCAGAUAACCAAGUAUGAAACAACAAUAGCGAAAAAUCAGGAUGAACUGGCUCAUACAAAAAUUGAGCUGGAAAAAAUGUAUGAUAAGUAUGAAAAGCUGCAAAAAGAUUUGAAAAAAGCACAAAUGGAAUCUGAUCGGUUUGAAGUUAGCAAACGAGACGACUCAAAAUACUCCAGUCGUGAUAGUUUCUAUUUUUCAUCUCAAGAUGCACAAACAAAAGACGACACAAGACUGAGAGAAAGCUAUGAGAUGACUAAAAGCAAAUUGGAAUUCGAACGAGAGAAGAAUGAGAAAUUACAACAAAAUAAUGCCAAGUUGGAGAAUAAAUUAUUUGAAACAAAGCUUGAAUUAGAGCGAUGUGAAAGCGAGGUGAGUCGUUUAACAAAAUGUCAAGAAAGAUUUGAAAAUGAAAUAGAACGUUUGAGAAUUGAACACGAAAAGUUACAAGAUCAAAAUGAAAAACUAUUGAAAGAAAAUGGUAAACUAAAGAGUGAACUGAACAGCAAAAUGGAAAGUGAAGGUGAAUCUGAAAGGUACAAAGAUAAAAUGGAAAGGACAUACAGACAAAAGUUGGAAACUGAAGUUGAUGACUUGAGGCAAAACAUUAGGAAAUUAGAAGAAGAAAACAUCACACUGAAAAACUCCAAGCCAAAAGUUGAUGAUAAGUUGAUAUCUAGUUAUGAAGAAAAACUGGACAAGUGUUUCAAAGAGAAAGAAAAAGCAGAGCAUGAGGUUAAACAGCUGAUGAAAGAUAUAGAGAAGCUCAGCAGCCAAGUGAUAAAGUUGAAAGAAUCUAAUGAUGCAGCAAAUAGAGAUUAUGAAAAAGCAUUUACCGAAAUUGGUAUUUUGCAGGAAAAACUAGAGAAGGCUCAGUCUGAGAAUAAUAAGAUAUUAGAUGAAAAGUUCAAAUUGGAGACAGACCUACACCAAGCUAAACGAGCUUUAGAACAAAUUUCAUUGAAACAAGGUUCUGACCGCACUAAAGAAGCCUAUGCCAAAAUGCAACAAGAUUUAAAUAAAGUAAUAGAAGAACGAGAUGCAGCUGCAACUUUGCUGGAAAAGCAGAACAUGCAAUGUAAUGCAUUAGACAAAGAACUGAAAAAAGUUAUCAAUGAACGAGAUCAGUUGAUAAUUCAAUUAGAAAAAUCGCAGGGUAUGCUAGUAGAAUUCCAGAAAAAUCUGCAGCAAGUGCAGCAGCAAUUGAAUUAUGAAAAAAUGGAAGCCAAUCGCUUGAGAGAGGAGCAGAAACGAAUUGGCAAACAAGCUGAGUCACGUGAAUCACUUGAUUCUGAAAUUUACAAAUUGCAGCAAGUCAUUCAAAGUAAAGACGAAUGUAUUGCAUCUUUGCAGCAGCAUUUACAGCAAAAAGAUGGUGAAGUUUUGAAUGUACAAAAGCAAUUACAGCAACUUGUGAAAGACAAACAACAGGUAGAAACUGAUCAAGGAUCACACGUCAAAGCAAUUGAAUCCCAAAAGAGGAGAGCUGAUGAGCUACAAAAGCAGCUACAAGCUGCUCAACAACAAUAUGCUUCCACUAAAGAUGAAUUGCAAAAGAAAGUACAAGCUUUAGAAAAACAACUGCAGAGUUCUCAUAAUGAAUUUAGGCAACAGAAAGAAUCAUUGCAGAAGAAAAUCAUUACUUUGGAAGAAUCACUCCAUUCACAAAAAUCUGGCGCUUCCGGUGCAAAAGAAGACGUACAACGACUAUUAAAUGAGCUGGAUAAAUGCCAUGAAGAGUUGAAACUCAUUACCACUGAAAGAGAUAGGUUAAUUUCUCAACUAGAGCAAGUUAUGCAAGAAUUCCAAAGAACACAGUUGGAAUUGAACGAUUUGAGUGCAAGACAGACUUCUUCGGCUGGCACAUCGAAGUCUAACGAAGAAAACUUGAGGGCGGCUCAAGCUCAUAUCGAAGAACAGCGUAAGCAGUUACAAAUGCAACAGAAAAAAUUCGAGGAAAAUAGGAAGUCAAUCGAAGCGAAAGCUAAACAAAUAGAUGAAAAAGAAAAAGCAUUAAGUGAUACUGAAAAUAAACUUAAGAAGAAAAAAGAAAGCCUUGACCAUAUGGAAGCAGAGUUGAAAAAAGCGUCCGCAAAUAAAGGACAAACGCAAGAUGAUUCACAACAAAUCAGGAAAUUACAAGAACAAAUGGAGAUCAUGGCUGAUGAAUUGACGAAAGCGAAGGAAGAAGCAAAACGUGCUCAGAGUGAUAUGGAAAGGUUAUUAGAUGUGAUGCAAGUCAGCCAGGAAGAACAGAACACUAAAGAUAAACAAAUACGAGAACUUCAAGAAUCAUUGAAAAAGUAUCAAAAUCAACUAAAAAAAUUGCAAGCGACGGCUACUGAAAAGAAAAAAGAAGAAGAGGCUGGACCAGCGAGUUUCCUGAAAAGUUUCUUCUAAAUAAAGUUGUAAUAAACUUACAAUUAAAUUUCGUACCACUUUUUAUUUCGUUUAUUUCUAUUUUUUGUUUCGUUUUUUUCAAGUGAAUAUUAUUUGAUUACCAAACCAUAUCCUUUUUAUUUUCUAAGUCGUACAAUAAAUGUCAUUGUUUUUAUUUUUCUUAUAUUUUCCCCCUUUAUUUUUAUUUUUCAUUAUCCUGUCGGUACAAUUAUACAAUGAAGAUGUUUUCAAUUAAGUUACAAUUAAUUUACCUAAGUUUAUUGAUAUUCUUCUUUUUCUCAGACUUUUCAAUUGUGAGUGACUUAGUUCCUUCAUUUAGAUGAAACAUAAACGCCUAUAGCAGAGUGACCUGAUUAUAGAUGUGUAUAGUUUCUUCUUCUAUUUUUAUUUUAUUUAUUCCCUUAAUUUUUUGUUACUCGUAGUUUUACAUUAGAAUUGCAUUUCGAAAGUGUUCUUAUUUAUUAAAAAUUAUACAAAUGGAAGAAGUCUGGUGCAUUUCAAUAUUAUCACAUUUUAUAUGUAUUAUCAUGAAAAUGGAAAAAUGACUUUAUAAAACACAAAACAAAUGGUGGCAUGUACCAAUUGCAACAAUAUUACCAUUUUAAUUAAAUUUUGGUAUUGAUUGUUUUUAUACAUUUGUUAUGUUUACUACUUAUAUUAAUUUUAACAUGAUUAUUCUUACCAAUUUUUUUGUUUAUAUAAAAUUAUCUUGUAUGUACUAAGUGUAUACUUAAUGUAAUAUAUCCAUAUUAUUGUUUUGAAACUGACGUAUAUACAACUACUCUUUUGCUUGAUUAGAAUUAUAUAAUUGUUAACAAAUUAAUCGAUAGCAUUUCAAUCUCAGAUCCGCUAUUAGGGUUGUGUAGUAUUUUAUGAAAUUUAUGAAUAGUAUUUGUUAUCCCAAUAAUGCCUACCUACCUAUUAAUAUGUACAAGCGCCAAAUUUCUAUUUCAUUCGUUCAUUAUAAAUUAUCGUUCGUUUUUUCUCAGCAAAAUUAAUUCAUCUGUUGAAAUUUCAAACUAAUACUUACUUGCCAUAACAUAAAUAAUCUUUUCUUUCAAUUUUGGUAUUUAAACAGGAUGUGUAUAACAAUUUUCAUAAUUGAGGGAAAUGCCUAUUGCAAUUUUUUCAUUUAAUACGGGUACCUACCUACCUAUCUACCUACCUACCUACCUACCUAGUAAUAAUGGAACGUAGUAUUGUUACCUACCAAAGUAUGUAAUACGAAAUUAUGAGCAAUAAAUCACAAAGUGGUGUCAAAGUUGCGAUAGUAAAAUUUUCCUAUUUGUGCAUAAUGAGUAGGUAAAUGUUUAAUAUUUUCGUAUUUAAAAAAUAAGUUUGAAAUCGCCUGAGUAUUUUGAUUUUAGUUUUGUUCUGCUAAAAGCUGUUUAGCAAACUAGUAGAUGAUUAAUCCAAUUUUCUUUUUAGAUUGAGGAUAAGUAAAAAUGAGCGAAAAAUAAAAGGUAAUUUCUAGAUUAUCUGCACACCUGGAGCUACAUAUACUCAUAUCUGGGAGGAGGGGUGCUUAUUAUCUACUCCUAUACAUUAAUUACCGUCCAUUACUUAAAAUAUGCUAGUGAUCCAAAAGAUGAAUACUUGCUACGUACGAGUACAUGUAGUAAAUUUGUAUUUGCUAUCAUGAAUAUCAUCAAUCAUACCGGGUGACCAAGAAUAAGGGAUUUCAAUGUUAUCAAAAAGGAGAGAAAAUUUUCAUUUUGAAAAUUAGAAAAUUAAAUAAUUAUGUAAAAAAUGGGCGUUUGAGUGAUUGUUACAAUAAUUCGAAAGCACUUUUUCUCGAUUGUUAUUCCAUUUUCCAAUUUUUACUUAAAGGAAUUUUUUUCCCGUUUUGGCUUAUCAGAACAUAUCGAAACCUAUUAUUCUUGGUCACCCAGUAACAAUAACCAUUUUGAUGGAUAACAAAAAAGUUUUAUUUGACAUCGCGUAACCAUUUAGUUAUAAAGUAGGUACCUAUAACAAGACUGGAAAGUUUAAAAACGUAAUCAAUUUACGAUGUAAAAAUAUUCAUAAUUUUAAUUGUUGCAAUAAAUAUGUAUACAAUAUACCUACGUACCGGAGCUGGCUCAAUCAUUUUAUAAAAUUUUAUAGGAAAUCAAAAUUCUGACGAAAAUCAAGUCGAUUCAAUAUCGUUAUUGAUAGAAAACUAUAUCAUCUAAAAAAAAAUUAGUCAAUUCAAAAUUCAAUGGCAGCAAAUGUCAUUCCUGAGUUGCGAUUUGAAUUAUUGUCCAAGCUCUGAACUGCCUAAACGAAUACGUAGGUACUUCAUUCGUAAAUACAUAACACAUAAGUACGUCUAUGUCAGUUAUUUAAUUUUUAAUUCUGCGAGAAAACAAUGAAUUGUAAUUGGUAAAUUUCUGGUGAAAUAUGCGUAUGCGUACGUUCUAUGAUUUAAACACUGUAAAAUGAACCAGAAAAAUUUAUACUCUUUUGAUCUCUUUUUUUGCGUUGUAUAAGUAUUUAGCCUUUUUCAUUUCAAUGUUUUUCAGUUAUUCUAUACCUACUUGAAGUUUUUUUUGUUUUGAAUUUUUGAAACAUUGAAUGCUUGUUUUUCUUUCUUUUUGAUAUAAACUUACCUAUCUACUCUUUGAUCUGCCAUAUGUUGCCGCUAAUUCUAAUAUUAUAUUUAUUUGGGUUGAACUUUACCUAUAUAUUUUAUUACAUGUUAAUUACUAAGAUUGUUAUCGCAUCUCGCAUUUGUUAUAAUUUAUUUAUUGUAAAACUGUGUUCAUGUAUAAACAAUAUAAAACGUUGAAUGCGCAUUAAA